UAGAGAAUUUUCCUGGCCUAUCCUCGCGUCGCGCCUUCUCGUCUUCUUCUCAAUCUAUGUAUCCGCAGCAUAUUCCUCGUCAAAUCCCUUCCUGCCUACUUUUUCUUUUGUUGGCUUCUCUCCGAGAAAAUAGGAUUACUGAAACCAUAUGUUUGCUCUAGUUUAAUCUUCAAUAUUCCUUCCCGCUUCUCCAUUUCCCCCCAGAUGGCAUUCCUUGUCCGUUCGCCAGAGAUACCUAACGUAUCGACAAGAAUCUUCUCCGGUUCGAGUUCGAGUGCAAGACAUGAGUUUACGAGGAGGAAGGUUACGGUUUCAGCUAGAGACAUGUCUGGUGUGAAGAAUCAGCAGAAAUCAAGAUUGUACGUGAAGUUCUCAGCUCCGGUGGUGAAAGAAGACAGCGAGAUUAGUACAGAGAACUACUACGUGAACAUGGGUCACGCCGUUCGGUGUCUCAGAGAGGAGCUUCCUUCCUUGUUCUACAAGGAGCCCAACUUUGACAUUUACAGGGAUGAUAUCGUGUUCAAAGACCCUAUGAAUACUUUCAUGGGAAUUGAUAAUUACAAAUCCGUAUUAUGGGCGUUACGUUUCCAUGGAAGGAUAUUCUUCAGAGCACUCUGUAUCGACAUCGUUAGUGUUUGGCAACCAACAGACAACACUCUGAUGAUUCGAUGGACUGUUCACGGGAUUCCUCGUGGUCCUUGGCAGACUCGUGGCCGGUUUGAUGGCACUUCAGAGUAUAAAUUCGACAAGAGCGGGAAGAUUUAUCAACAUAAAGUCGAUAACAUCGCCGUUAACUCGCCUCCAAAGUUUCAAAUGCUUAAUGUUCAAGAGCUUGUUGUAGCCAUUAGCUGCACUUCCACACCAAAGCCGACAUAUUUUGUGUACAGAGAUUCAUCAUUAUGGUUGCCAGAAACAUUUUAGUGUGUUGUUUAUAUAAGCUCUUUUGUGUGGUUAUAGAUAGAGUUCAAGUGCGCUGUGCGGGUGGGCUAGUUUGGCGUGUGUAAUAUAGAUAAAGAAUAAUGAAAUAAACUCAAUAAAGAAAGUGAUGUAUACAUGAAUAAUGAAAUAAACUAAGCAAUGAUAGAUAAUCUUAACUA